CAACUAAGCGUUGGGUUGGGUUUCUUUCAUUUUCAUUCCAGUAUGAAAAUGGUCGCUGGCUAGCUGACUCACCAGAUGGAGCUGUAGGCUUGUUAUUCUGCACUAGAUAGUCAUCAAUCCAUCCCUGAACAAUACUAUUGUGUGAAUUUCAUGUGUUCUUAUCUUAUUACUGAAAAAGGCAAGCCACCAGAAUGAUUUUUCAGUGCAUUUGCUGGUCUCUGGUGGGAGAAUACUAACAUUCCAUUUAUUCUUGUCUACUUGGAGAUCACACUGUAGCAUUCAGACUGAUAUAUUCACAAGGUAGUAUGUGACUCAUGAAAAUUCUUAUGAGACAGAGAAAAGUUGCUUGGGCAAGGGUGGCUUAGCAGCGUCUUAGAAAAAGAACUGUUUGAGAAGCAAACGAGUUCGUCCUGAACGUGUCAGAAACUGAAUUCCUGGGCAGUGUGUAAAUUAUGAGCCAUUGUCUGCAUAAGCUUGAGUUGCACAUGUAUAUCUUAGGGCCCGAAUAGCUAACAGAACACACCUUGGCCCAGGUAUGGGCAGAGGGGAGUGCAUAGUGAGCAACAGAAAUCACAAGUGACAGAACUGAUUGCAGAAACUCCUUUUAGGUGCAUGCCUUCAUAGUACAGCGUUGCAAUGCAAGCACAUCAGGACAGAAGUCUGAGUCCAGAAAGCAGCAGCAAUGGAUUCUGGCUAACUGUACUGCAUUGUGCCACAAGCUGUGAUCUCACUUUGGACAAAGUCACUAUUGGUGAAUACCAUUACAGGGUGGUAUUCCUAUCAGACAAAAAUAAUACCACGUUAAAAAUCUGUUUACUUCCUGCUCAUCCUUCCUGACUUGUUCAGUUAAAAAAAAAAAAAAAAAAAAAAACAAACAAAAACACAACACCUAAAAAACCGAAACGAAACCCCACACCAUUUUAUUCCUUUGAGGGCCAUUAGAAGAUCACAUCAAUAUUUUGAAAGAAAAGAAAAAAUAGUUGUAUUAUAAGGCCCAAAAGCAGAGCUUGAGAUCACUGUACACAAUUUCAAGUAUAACUUAAUCAUGGUAGUCUAGUCUGUUCUUUGAAGGAGGAAAAAAAAAACAACAACCCCCCAACCAAAAUCUGCAAGGAAGGUGGUGCCACAGCUUUUCACACAGGUGUCUGUCCUUUCUUCAGAAUCCUUUUUAUUUGGUGGGUAAUCAUGUGAUGCCCCUGUGAAGUUGUGUAUCCCUUUCUGUUGAAUAGAUUUCACCUGCAACUCUACACCAAAAAUAGACUUACUUAUAAGUGAGAAAAACUAUGCUUGGAAAAAUGUUUGCAAUGGAUGUGUCUUUGGGUUUCCUGUAUUUGUGAGACCAACAUUAACUGCUUUAAGUAAAGGAGGCAGUUAUUAAUGAAAGUUAAUAAUCAGUGCUGAUGAUGAUGAUCGUGAUGAUAGGGAAAAGGGAAUCAGCAUAUCUGAGGCAAAUUAUGUGACAACAGUGGGUGUUAAAGAAUGCUAUCCUCAGUGGCUGUGGAGAAAAAAAAAAAAAAAAAGUCUUGUAAAAAGAAAAUAGCAUGUUGUAUCCCUCCAUAAAAACACAGUCAUUUCUGAGAUGGUAGGAUGCAUAAGAUGUGGGCUGGAGGAAAGGAGGAAGGGUAACAGACAGUAAAGGCACAGUUAUAUGCAACACAAUGCAUGAUUGCUUUUAGAGAUACUUUGGAUGUUUGGAAAGGAGGGCUCUUCUGAGAAUGCUAAUCUAUAAUUUUGGGCAGAAAGAAAGGGUAGAAGAGAAAGCAUGUCACUAUAUUUUAGAUGUAGUUAUUUUAGAAAAGGACCGCUGUACAGAGCAGGUAUGCUAAAGCUCAUCAGACUAAAUACCACUAGUGCAUCUGCUGUGUGUGUCUAUGCGUAAGGCUGAAGAGGUGAAUUGUCCUCAGGUCAUCGCUGUUGUUUAAAUCUAGUAUUUAUCAUCAAGGUCACACCAAGGGAGAAUACACCUCCACUUUAAACUUUGUGACACCUGUUUCCCAUGCCAGGGAAAUUUUCACAACGGAAUGAAAGCCUUAGGUAAUGAGUCUUACAGUAGUAGGGAAAAGUCUGACAGUCAUUUUUGAUUCUCUUCUACAUGAAAUAAUUUCAUGAAGUUGUAUGCAACAAACAUGGCAGUAACACACAUAGGUGUCACUCCACCGCUUUAAGCAAACAUUUUGCUUUCAGUAGCUGUGAUGACCUCAAUGUAGUAUCUAACCUUACUGAAAGCUAAGAUGCUUUCCAAUUAGCCUGACAUCAUUUACAAAUAACUUGGAAGUGUAUGUGGUCUUGAGACAGAAAUGCAACUAUCACUACUAUCAUCUUAUUUUUGCAAGGAAGAAGAAUACCAUAGAUGAGAUUUUAAAACAUGACAGAUGAAUACAUUUUAGGAAUAAGUGCCCUAGACAUAAGGUCAUCAAUUCUCUCUUUUUGUUGGCUGCAUCAUGAAUGGAAAUCAGCCUGGUCGUGUUCCUGUGUUUAAAAUAAGCAAAUGCCCUAUAUCCAACACUUGCGCAUAAUAUCAGCAGAAUUGAUAGUAUGCAAUGAUUUUAAAGCAAAUGCAAAUGCUUUUUCUUGAUAAGUGGUAAAAAUGUGAGAAAGAGCACAUCAAAAAACAUGAUGUACAACAUCCUAGAUGUUUACCCUAACUAAUAUAUGCCAAGUAGCCUAUUUUUUAAGGAAAACUACACAAAAUGACUUCUCAUUUUGAAAAGAAGCUCUUUCCUGUUUCUUCUAGCACAUUUGUGAAACAAAAUGUAGAGAUUCUUGGUUUGUAAUGGAAAAAAAAAGCUACACCACCACCACCCCACCCCCCACCCCCAAACAUUUGCCUGCAGAGACUGAACAGCCUCACUUCUGAGCUACAGUUUCUAGAUUUGCUUACUUUAUACUGGGGGCAGGGUGGGAGAAGAAGAACAACAGUAAAAAUAAAAGCUGAAAAACCUUUGGAAAAGACAAUAGCCAAAGAUUCAAAUAUGGAGAUAGAAGCAGGUUUUAAUUAUACCGUUGUUAGAAAAAACUGCAGAAAGACUUGUUAAGUUGCAAUUCAUCCUAGUCUUGUCAAUCACCAUUGUUGUCAGGCUCAAAAAUGAAGCACAUAUGACAAGUUUACAAGUUUUUACAUAGAAGUUGUAGAAUAUUGUCACUAACCCACCCCCACACACCCAUUUUAUUUCACACUGACAAAAGCUGAGAUGAAUGAGUUGUCAUCUGGCCCUUCCCACUUUGUAUAGUCAUUGGCUGGCUUGGUUCUAAAAAGGAUUUUAAAAAGGGGAAUAAUGUGCCUUUGCCUGGGAUCAAGACUGUCAGGGUGCUGAAAAGCUAAUCUGUGAGCUGCCACCAUGCAGAUCUCCUGGGCCGUGUGCUCUGUCUGUGUCUUAAUACAAAUUGGAUUUCAAUCUGUGGAAGGGUGGCAAAUGUUUAAAAAUGAUGCUACAGAAAUAAUUCCUGAGAUCACUGAAAAUACAGAAACACCGAUGGAGCAGACUUUCAGUAACAACAACACAAUGAACCAGGCAAAGCAUGGAGGAAGACACAUACAACAAGCUCCAGACCCUAACGAUGCUUCCGACUUCAGCUGCAGAGAAAUGCGAACAACCCGCUAUGUCACUGAGGGGCCUUGCCGCAGCAUCAAACCUGUCAAGGAACUGGUCUGCUCUGGUCAGUGUGUCCCCUCACACCUCCUUCCCAACUCUAUUGGUAGAGGGAAGUGGUGGCGUCAGAACGCCCUGGAUUAUCGCUGCAUUCCUGCUCACACUCGCCCGCAGCGCAUCCAGAUGGCUUGUCCAGAGGGAGAGACUCGGACUUACAAAUUCCGAGCCGUCACAUCCUGCAAAUGCAAGCGCUACACUCGCUACCACAACCAGUCUGAGCUGAAGGACUUUGGAAAGGAAAUUGUCAGGCCUCAGAAGAACAAGAAGCCCCGUCUCUCCAGAGCCAGGAGCAGCAAGUCUAACCAGCAUGAGUUAGAAAAUGCAUAUUAGAAGGUGGCCAUGAGUGGUACAGCCUAGCAGCUCUGGAUAUUUUACAAAACAUCAAAUGACACUCACAGGCCACAGCAUGACGUUCUGACAGCAGUGGGUUCAAAUUCCUUCUGCUAAACUGGGUCAAAGGCUCACAUAAUCAAAAAUCUAUCAGAUUAUAGCAGUUAUGGUCUGAUAAGAGAAUGAGAUAAACCAAGCUGGAAGUAGCAACACCUAAAUUCAGUCUGAGAGGAGAGGUACGUGAGGUCGUGUGACUUGUACAAGUAGGAAGACAGAGGAAAGUGAAGCUGUUACGGUGACAAUCACACUUUGUUAGAAGUCAUUCUACUCACUUUAUGUGGAAAGAACAUUAAGAUCCCUUUCCCAUUUUUGUAAGUGCCAUGAUGCAGGACAAGCAUGCAAUUAGGGAAGCGGCAGGAGAGUUGCCACUCUCUGAAUGAGUUGUAGAAAGUUAGUGAUAGCAAGCAUUUCAAGUUAUGGUGACCGAAGUAAAAUUGUUGAGAAAUUAACACCCUGUCAGAUGUCCUCAUGCCCUAGUUGUUUCCUCUAAAACAUAAAAAUCAAAAUAUGAUUCUUAUGUUCUCAAAACAAAAAUUUGACAAAUCUAUUUCAUACUUUUAAUGAAAAAACUGUAGGAUCAACAGGUUCAAAACUGAGAUUUGACAACUAAAACCAUGUUUGUUUUAGGGACAGUGAUUUGUUUUAGAAACAAUUAAACAAAUUCUACUAAGUGGAACAGAUUUAUGAAAUGGAUGCUCCUCUCAAACCAGAUAACCUCACUGAUGUUUAUCCUGCAAACAGCGAACAAUGUGCAUAUUUUAACAUAAAAGAUGCUGAUUAUUCCUUAUUUCGUAGAACAAAAUUGACUUUAGUAUCAUCCUAGUUAUCUGAAUUUACAUUUUCUAUUCAGUAGAGUUUGGAUUAUCUGGCCACAUACUUCAUAGCACUAAGACUGUGCAAGCCAUGUUCUGGGAGUAAGGUGCUGGUUCUGCAUUGAAAAUGAGCCUCUGCUAAUUUUAAAGUCAUUAAUUCUUCUAUAAAAGUCUUUGGUAUGUGCAACUUUGGUAAGUCUUUAUUUUGACAGCAACUUUCCUUAGUUUCUAAACAUUCAGACUAAUGUUUGUAUUUUUACACUAAAGAGUAUUAUUAGAUGGUGAAUCAUCACAUGCUGUAUAUACCCUGUAGAAGUGCUAAGCCUAGUGUCAGAUGAGCACAGUUUGGGAUAAAGACAGUUCCUCACUGUUCUUAUUUUUAAUGUAGAAUUUAUGCUGAAAUCAUAUAAGCUAUGGAAAUUUGUGAUGUUGAUAGAUUUUGCAAUUAUUUUAUAUGGGACCGGAACCUAGAGAGAAAAGGUAUUGUUUCAGCGAGAGAAUUACAUAUUUAUUUUUUUCUCAGAAAUUAUUUAUGCAAUGUUUUUCCUUGUAGAGUAUGAGAAGUAAUACUGCUUUAAAAAUUUUAGUCUGUUAUUUUUAAUUUUAAAUACAUUGUUAAUAAAGUAGAAACAAUGAUUAAUUAUAGGAAGACUCAUUGAUUUUCAGCUGUAGUAUAAAGCUGAUUUGCUGCAAAGCCAUUGAAUUACAAAACAGUCAGGGUGUUGACUCCA